CGUCACGUCUCAGUGUUUUUUUUUUUCUGUAAGGAUGCAAGAAGAGAGAAACUUUUUCCACUGAGCGGAACCAUGUCGAGGAGCCAGCAGGCCGACCAGGAGCUCACGGAGGUGCUGAACCAGCUCUGGCGUCUGGACACCAACCGCCUCAAACCAGGGACGGACUACAUCAUUUCCCUGCAGGGCAGAGCUGGUUAUGUGGCCCAGGGCAGUAACUAUGCCAGAGACCGAGCCAGAGAGCCGCUCUUCAGCUACGUCGAUGAAGACAAAAUCAAGAAUAUCGAGACUUAUUCUCAUUUCAUCAACUUGUUGGACAACUACGAGAUGUCGACCGGCGUGUCGGAGACCGUCACGUCAGAGGAGCACACCGAGACCAAGCUGUUCAUCGACUCCAUCCUGGAGACUGAACUCAUGAAGUGCGCUCACAGCUAUCUCGUCAAGAAGGGGGCUUCGCCGUCAGACACGGCGCAGUUCAAGAAGCAGCUGUACGACAUCUGGUUCCGCCUGUACCACAGGGAGCGCGGCGGAGGUGAGGAUUCCUGUGGAUUUGAACACGUGUUUGUUGGAGAAACCAAAUCGGGCCAGGAAAUCAUGGGUCUUCACAACUGGGUGCAGUUCUACCUGCAGGAGAAGCACAACCACGUGGACUACAAAGGCUACAAAGCAAGAGACCGCAAAGACACGCCCGACGAGGACGACCACGUCCUCAACCUGCAGUUCAGCUGGAAGGGCCUGGUCAAGCCCAUCGGCGGCUCCUUCAUCGGAGUCAGCCCGGAGUUCGAGGUCGCCCUCUUCACCAUCAUCUUCCUCAUGUCCACCGAGAAGAUGACGAGCGUGCGGGUGAAGGUGGACGAGUACAUGCUGGAGCUGGUCGUCUGCCGGCACGGGAGAUCCAUCGGCACGUCCUACCCCAAGCUGCUCAGCAGCAACAACCGAGACCUGUAACGUCACGGGGGUCACACGUCUGUCCAGUUCCACCGAAGGUCUACGCCAAACAAUCUUCAAACAAACCCGGCUCCAGCUGUUUUAAAUUGAAUAUUUGUAAAACUAAUCAUUUUUUUAAUCUCUUGUAAAGAACGUAAUGCUGCAUUGUUAAACUGAUCUGCUAUAUUUUCCAAACUGUAACAAAA